UCUGACCGCAGAUGAGCGAGAGCUGAUCGAUCGAGUGAAAAGAACAUUAAAAUAACUAAAUUCGACAUUUUUCGAGCUAAUGAAAAAUGUAAUUUUAUCGUUUGUUUAGAAUUAAUAAAACGCAUGGCGAGUGAGUGCGGUUUAAGGGGGGGGAGGGGUGAGUGAAAAGUGGAGUGCAGUUGCGGAUGGUUUACAGUCGCGCGUGACAGUUCCAGUUUUGGUUUUCGGUUUUCGUUCGGGAUUCGAAGGGAUAAUCGGAUUUUUGGGGGGCAGUGAGAGGGUUUUUGGGUUUUGGUAUUUGUUGGAAGUUUUUUGGGAAUUGUUGGGCGCCGGGGGGAGCUGUGGAGGAAGAAUGUCGGGGAAAUUGUUCACUGACGUUGAGCCAUUCAGUGAGACAGCCCUGGAGAAUCCGCGGAUUGAAGAUAUCGAGGCAGAAUCCCUAGCGGAAAAUCGAAUGGACAUAGGUGAAGAGGUGCCUUAUGCCGAGCCCCUUGCACCGGAAGAAAUAAGAUGGUUCUACAAAGACGGUGUUGACAAGAGAUGGGUGGAAUUCUGCGGAUACGACAGCCUGAGGAUUGAGGAUGCGUGGAGAAAAAAACUGGAGAAGGAGAGAAAUGCCAAUGAGACUAACGACGAUUGCGAGAGGGUCGUUGUCAAAGGGGGAAUGUACGACGUCAAACUCGAUGACAUGAAGUGUGUCUCCAUAUUCUGGGCAGGUGAAGAAUGGGAGAUAAUGAGGGCAACGUGGUAUUACGAGGCGAGCUGGAUACCCCUGGAGCUGGAGCACUCGAGGGUAAUAGAGGAGUCUCACCUGAGGCUCUUCGAGAAGCGAAAGAGCUCCACUGCAGGCUCCACCCCAGAAGAGGCCUCGCCCUCCCACUCCUACAGAGUUCUACACACCGAGCGUUUUUCCGAGUUUCAUGUCGACUGGCACGCGAUUAACGAUGUAGCACUUUACAGCGAGUACACAACUAGUAAAUUAAUGCGCAGUGUGACCUCCAGAUUGGGAUUCAGCAAGACCAGCGGGUACCAAUUGAGAAGAGGCUAUAAAGUCAACGCCUCAAUGUCCGACAAACCCAACGACAUCGAUCAUCUGGUCUUCGUUGUCCAUGGAAUCGGACAGAAACGAGAUACCCAGAAGAUCAUUCGCAAUACUGCGCUAUUUCGUGAUUGUGUAGAUUGGUGUAGACAAAAGUACUUCGCCUCAACCUCCCACCGAGUAGAAUUUUUCCCAGUGGAAUGGCGUUCCUCCCUGAAACUAGACGGUGACAUAGUGGAUGCAAUAACCCCCUACAGUGUCCUGAGCAUUCGCCACUUGCUGAACUCCUCCGCAAUGGACAUCCUCUACUACACGAGCCCCCUCUACGGUGGUGAGGUGCGAGCAGGCCUCCAGAGAGAGUUGAACCGUCUCUACUGUAAAUUCAUCAGCAGACAUCCAGACUGGAAGGGCAAAGUAUCAGUUCUCGCCCACUCCCUGGGCUGUGUAAUUGUUUAUGACAUUGUGACUGGCUGGAUGGGACCAGACACGCGACCCCCAUCACCAGCAACCCAGGAGGUGGUCACUGAUGGGCUAAAAUUUACCAUUGAGAAUAUGUUCUGCCUUGGCUCGCCACUCUCAGUAUUUCUAGCCCUUCGAACUCGCACACCCUCGAAUAGAGUCGAUGUCAUGCCACCGGGCUUGUGCAAGAGAUUCUACAAUAUUUUCCACUGGUCUGACCCAGUUGCCUAUAGGAUGGAGCCACUGCUUGUGAGGGGCUACAGGAAAAUUGAUCCUGUACUCAUUACGUCUUACGGUGGGGCCAAUGAACAGCAGAUUGAUACACCACCUGUGUCGUUGGCCAAUGGGGAGGGCACUAUGCCUACUUCAGAUAAUGAGGAGAGAGAAGCCGAGAGCCCCACUGAGACCCCUAACCCAAGUGUUGAGAGGGGCUGGAGUCUGUGGGGGCUGGUUAGAGCUGGGUGGAAUACUAGAGAAGUGGAUACCACUGACGUUAAUCCAAUCCGUCCUGACGAAGAAUUGGAGCAACGACUCGAUUACGUCCUGCGGGCAGGUGCGAUGGGUCGAAACUACUUAUACACAGUGAGAGCACACACAGCCUACUGGAACAACUACGACGUCGCCUAUUUCGUUCUAACCCGUCUGUUUCCCAACCUGGAGACGUGAUGUUGGCUUGACUUAUCAAGCACCGAUGACAAUCCCCCCGGAUUGUAGUGCACAAUUACCCCCUAGUCCGCGAUAUUUGGGCCUCAUUUACUCCCCAAAUAAACUCUGUAAGAGGAGACAACGGGCUUGUCACCAAAUGAACUAGAACACAAACAAAUUACUAACAAUUUCAAAAACCAGACGAUGAAUAAUUGAUGAAAAAAACCAUCUGUGAUAACGGAAAAACGAUACAAUAAGCUGAUUACUUCGUAAGCCUAAUCAAUCGAUUGUCGCAUAAUUUUUGUAUUUAAAAAAGUGUUGAUGGCGUUAGUUUUUCAAUUAUAAAAUUUAUUGAACGUUGAUGAGAGAUGCACGAAUCGUGUCAAAUUGUUUUUAUUCAUUAGCGACCAAAAUUGUACUUUAUUCGAAAGACUGCCCCCCCUCCAUUGAUCGAACAAUAAUCGAUUUGUUUAUUCGCCUGGGGCAUUUCAUCGAUCUAGAGAUGAUGAAGAUGUCGAGUGGUGAAAAUUCAGCACAAAUUAAUUAUUUUGGAAAUGUAUCGAAAACUAUUGGGGGAUUGAAACCUUUUUUUUAUGUGACUUCCCUACCCCUCAGUUGAUUGUUUAAUUAUGUCGGUUUUGAGGGGUCCUAGAGGACAUGUUCAUGGAUUAAUCUUCAGUGCUUUGAGACUCGCCACUGAUUUUUAUCUACUUAGAUUUAUUUCAAGUAUAUUAGUCAAUGAAUCGUUAAUAGUCUAUCUGAAAGUGUCAUACCGUCUCAAACUAGGAAAAUAUCAAGACAAUUAUUUUUAUUCUUGAGUGCAGAUCGUUGCAUGAGAGCACCAGCGCAUGUCUUGUUUUUCGUCAUUAUUUUUUCUGUUCUGAAUUAACUAGUGGAAUCCAGUCAUUUACGCUAAGCCUAAGGAGGAGAAAUGGAUGGAGGAAUUAGAGAGAAUUUUUUAAAUAUAUUAAUAUCUUUGUAGAGUCAAUGUUACGAGAAUCAUGAAGUUUGAAUGAACAUGUUGUUAUAGCACAUUGAAGGAACAAUAAAAGCAAUCAAUGAAUUA